AUGGCUAACAAGUCCGAAGAAGCGGAGCUCAGUUACACCGAGAUUGCCUCUCGCAUAGGAAAACUGUUCAAAGAGGAGAACAAGCCUAUCACAAUUGACGCAAUGUAUGAGCAGCUGGGGGCUCCACUUAACAUUCUCUCAUAUGUGUUGGAGCGGUUAAAAAGAGCAAAGCUCGUCGCUGAAGAGGUAGUCAACAACGUGUGUUUCGUUUAUCCUCUAGCACCACUCUUCGGUAGCAGAUCAUUCCACAGCAAGGCCAAGCUAGUUGACCUACAGCUUAGAGUAGCCCAACAACGUCGGAAGAGCGCUACUGCGGAGCAGCUGAAUCACUUGGAGCAGCUGCGCCGAACAUCUCUAAAUAAGGGAAAGGCAGAAUCGAGCUCCCGCGAAGAACUAGAUAGGGAAGCAGAGACUCUCUUAGAAAAUAUCUCAGAUAUUGCGAAGACAAUAUCAGCGGAGGUGGGCACAACGACAGACAAUGUACUGAAGGGCUUAGGAAUUCAUGAGCUAAACCUUUACGAACUAGGGGUGCUGAAGAUGCCUGCAGAAACAACUGAAAAGGAGUGUUCUCCAAAUACAAUGUGA